CGCCGCAGCGCCCCGGUGUCCGCCCGGCCCCGUGCCCGCCGCGACGGCCCGCGGGCGAGGAAAAGUCGCUAUUGACUUUAGUCUGGUUUUGGGCUGUAAAACGCAGGACACCACAGUGCAGGAGAAAUUCACAUUUCAAAGGGUUGACAUGAAACGAUCGUUAAUGGAAGGGUGGAUUUCGCAAACAACGCCUAGAAUGUUUCCUAAAUAUUUCACGGAAUGUUUAGGGAGACUUUCACACGUUAUUAAAAAAAAAAAAAAAAAAAUCUGACAAGUAUCCCAUUUUCGAGCUAUGAAUCAUGCGCAAGAGCACCAGAACUUAGGAGAUGUGUGUGACCGACAUGAGCGGGAGAGCUCCGCUCGCAAAAAAUCCGACCCGCGUUGGGCCACCAAAGCCUCGGCUUCUCGGGGUCUAACCACGGGAUGAUGCGGGAGGGGGGGGGAGGUGGAAAUCACGGCAAGGAUAAAGGCCGGGCAGCUAUCGGGGAGCGCUCCGGAGAUGCUAACGACAAAGGAUCUAUCUUCGUUUAAAUGGUCGCCAUCGGCGUCAUUAUUACGGGCAAAGUUAGCGCUGAAGGGCCACUUCCCGAGCGCCGCGGGUGCGGAGCGUGGCAGCCCGUAGCCCCGCAGCGGCACGGAACGGAGCGAUGAGCUCACGGAGCCACAGGUAACGCGGGGGGCCGGAGGGGUCAGCCCCUGUUGGGGACAACGCCCGCGCGUCGGUCACUCCGGCAUUUGUCAUAAUAAUGCUCUGAAAUGGGCGGUGGGGAGGGAAGAAGGGCUGGAGAGAGGAGCCCGCUGCCCACGCGGCUGCGUUUCGUACCCUUCGAGCUCUUCUCCCUGCUAUCAGAGCGAACGUUGUCCCAUAGGGCAGCUUCGCCGGCGAACGGUUACGGGAAGUAGAAAGAAUACCGCGUGUAAGGACGCAACGAAGAGAUGCAUCGGGAAGCAGGGAUGCUAACCGCUGUUUCAAUUUGCGGGCGGCUGCUGGAGGUGCGCCCGAAGCGCGGCGUGCAGCGGGCACGUCAAGUCCCAGCGCAGGGCUCGGGGUGUGAGGGGGUGCACGGGGGUGCCGCAGAAAUGCCGCUAUAAAAGUACGAACGCGGUCGGAAGAUGGGAGGGAAAAGUAACGAGGUGUCAGCGGCGGAGAUGCUCUCCCCGCCGCUCUCGUGCCGGCGGCUCCGCGCGUCGCGAUCCAAUCCGCCUCCCAGCUAAUAAUAAAGAAAAGCGUUAUCUAACAUUUAGCGUGUGGUUCUGUCCGAGGACAAAUGAGAAAGAAGCUGCAUCAUUAGGACCUAAAAGGCAACAAAACAAAAAUCAGAGCAUAAUGAUGCACCUAAAUGAAGGGGGAAAUGUUGCACAGCUCAUUUUAUUAAUCAGACUGUCAAUUUCACCCCAGAGGCCAAACCCCAGAGCAAUUCAAGCAGGAUCUGAUCAAGCUGAGGACGAGAGCUUUGCUCCUCACUUCUCGUCUCUCUUUCUUUCCACCUGGAUAUAUUUGUCUGCUCAGAAGCCGCCUUCAUUAUCCACUGACAGGAGCUUGUAUUUAUUUGCUUAUAAACCUGUUACAAUAAAUGAUUAUUCGAACGGCGUCAUUCGUACCUUAAUGACGAGCGCUACUUUUUGAUGAAUGACAUUUCGGGCUAGGAAGGAUGUAUGGGUCAUUUUGACCAGUCAUUCCCUCGCUUUGGCAUCCCACAGUUUUUACGCCUCCCUCAAAAAGAGAUAAUAAUAUUUAGAGACGCUCUCCGGGCUGAAUGUGAAUUAGCCCCUGCCGCAGCUCAUCAUUAGUACGGGACCAGCCCUGCAACUUUGACAUUUUUUAUAAAGCUGAGAUGAUGGAAAGAAUAAGAAAAGAGAUGAUCCUGAUGGAGAGAGGGCUGCACAGCCCUACGGCUGGCAAAAGGCUCUCGAAUUUGUCAGACUCAGCUGGAAAUGCGGUGCUGGAGGCCCUCGAAAAUUCGCAGCACACUGGUCGCCUCAGCCCGAGACUAACUUCCUCCUCCCUGCACGGCGCGAUAGGGGACAUCUCCGCCAAAGGCAAAUUCGAAAUAGACGCUUUGUUCAACCUGCAGCAUCCGAGCGGCGAAAGCACCGUCUCGUCCGAAAUCCCGCCGUCGGAAAGCAGGAAGAAAAUCAGCCUUUAUCCCGAAGUGGCUCAAGAGGCAGAGAUGAACAGCGACGUGGAGGUGGGCUGCUCGGCGCUGCGCUCCCCGGCCAGCCUGCCUUCCUCGCAGCUCAAGGAGAACGGCACCAAAGGCUUCGCGGAGAGCAGCCCGGCUCCCAGCACCCCCGCCGCCCCCGGGCUGGGCCUGCACGGCGGCAGCGCGCUGAGCGGUUCGGCGGCGGGGGCAGACCAGGUGCGGCGGUACCGCACCGCCUUCACCCGCGAGCAGAUCGCCCGCCUGGAGAAGGAGUUCUACCGCGAGAACUACGUGUCGCGGCCGCGCCGCUGCGAGCUGGCGGCCGCCCUCAACCUGCCCGAGACCACCAUCAAGGUGUGGUUCCAGAACCGGCGCAUGAAGGACAAGCGGCAGCGCCUGGCCAUGUCCUGGCCCCACCCGGCCGACCCCAGCUUCUACACCUACAUGAUGACCCACGCGGCGGCCACGGGCAGCCUGCCCUACCCCUUCCACUCGCACGUCCCGCUGCACUACUACCCGCACGUCGGGGUCACCGCCGCCGCCGCCGCCGCCGCCGCCUCGGGGGCCGCCGCCGCGCCCUUCGCCACCUCCAUCCGCCCGCUGGACACCUUCCGCGCCCUCUCGCACCCGUACUCUCGCCCCGAGCUGCUCUGCAGCUUCCGCCAUCCCGGCCUCUACCAGGCGCCGGCCGCCGCCGGCCUCAACAGCGGCGCGGCGGCCUCGGCGGCGGCGGCGGCGGCGGCCGCGGCGGCGGCGGCGGCGGGCUCGGGUCCGCCGGGGGGCUCGGCGCCGUGCUCGUGCCUCAGCUGCCACAGCAGCCAGACGGCGGCGGCGGCGGCGGCGGCCUCGGCGCUGGGCUCGCGGGGCUCCGCCGCCGACUUCCCGUGCACCGCGGGCGCGCAGCGCUCCGAGAGCGGCUUCCUGCCCUACUCGGCCGCCGUGCUGGGCAAGGCCGCGGUCGCCUCGCCGGAGCAGCGGGAGGAGGCGCCGCUCACCAGAUAACCACCCGGGGCUCGGCGCGGGGCCCCCCGGGCAGAAGUUCCUUCUAUUUUUC